GUACUUGUACAAUAAUUAUCGUACGUCUGGCAACGCUGGUCUACGAUCCGUCGAUAUUCCUCAGUGUUUAUCUAGGUAGCUAAAUAAUUAAUUUUACAAGUGAAAUAAGAUAGUCUUAUGGUCUGAUAGUCAUGUAUACUUGCCAAAAGCCGAAUUAGAAUACUACAUAGGUAGUCCGGCGCCGAAUAAUUAAGAUAUGCAGUUAUCAAAAGAGCCGAAAUAAAAACAAGCACCGAAGUCGAGAAUCGGCAGCUCCGAGUGACGUAAACAAACACAAGUCAGGAGCAGACGAAGUGCCCACGCUGCAACCUGCCGACGCCCCACGCCUGGUCGCUGUGAGGCAGUGCUGAGGGAAUUACCAGGAGGUCAAUGUUGGAGGGAGGAGGAGCGGGCCGCCAUGAGGUGCCUUCUGUGCCUGGUGUCUGGCGUGGCACUGUGCCUCACGCUGCCAGGACGUGAGGUGCUGGCCACUAACACUGACGGGAAUAACAGUAAUACCAAUGUCAAGAUGUUCCAGGGGCUGUUCCAACAGCGGCGGGCAGAACACAAGGCUGCUGUGGAGACCAUCCUCAGUUUUGAGAACGAGAAGCAGCACAAGAUGGUGAACAUCAUUGCCACUAAGGCAUUUGAGGUGCUGGAGCAGAGCCAGGUGAGACUGCGGGAGGCUGGCUACAUCCCUGGAAUGGACUUUCCAGAGGAUGAAAAUGUGCGAGAUGCAUUAUCCCAGACCUUGGAGAACACAGCAUUCCUGGGUGAAAUCUUGUUGCACCUGCCAGACUUGACCCACCAGCUGCUGCGUCAGAACAAGCCCUGGCAACUGCUUCUCACAUGGGGACUCUUCUUUGCCACACAGUCCAAGUUUCUCGACAAGAACACAAACAGUUUUAUUUACCUGGUAUCUCAGGAGCUGGGUGUGGCAGAGAGAGACCCUCAUUUCACCAACCCCUACUCGAGACGCCACAGCAAGCAUUCAGCAGGAACCUCACCAGGAGCCUCGCAGUCGUCCAGUGGCGGCAACAAAGCCAAGAAGAAAAAGUCAUUCAAGAAAGGCCCACACCUCUCACGGCAGUUUGGCGACUUGUGACUUGAAGAUGUUUAGCUGCACUUAGUUUCUCUUCCUGCCUGUCACUUGGAAGCAUCUGCAACAAACAGCCUGUGGUGUGUUCAGAUGUUCACACCCCUUGCGACUUUAUAAAGAUGAAUCCAAACUUGUAUUUAGUAAUAGGAGUAACAUUUACUGGUUAUCUGGUUGCAGGAUGAUGAUGGUGUGGUGAUCUCUGCUUCUGCCAGAUUUCUUAGGCACUGCAGAUGAUGCCAACACAAACUGGGAGCCACACAUGAGCCAUGAAGCAUGAAGGUCAUACAGAUAAGCUGGACCUUCUCUGGGUGUUCUCUGCAGUUAGUCCUGAAUGUGUGAGACUGCUUAUUGCAGUGGUUCCCUUGUGGCAGCAGUGUGAGGGGCAUGUUGUUAUUAGUUGACUCACAGCAAUAUUGUAUGGUUGACAUGGUAGCCCAGUGUUGUUUGGGGCUCCUCAGGUGUGUGUGUGUGUGUGUGUGUGUGUGUGUGUGUGUGUGUGUGUGUGUGUGUGUGUGUGUGUGUGUGUUCCCAGCACAAAGGUGUGGGUGAGGGGCAUUGUGUUUCCUCUGCUGAAAUAUAAAGCCUUUCACGUUUGUA